CGACAUCGACAGUUGAGUUGAGUUGUGGUUUUGUUGUUGUGUAGGAGGGCGUUUGGAUGAGUGAAUGGCGUGUGUUUCCUAGUGAAUGUUUGAGUUUUUAGGUUUAGAUUUUGCUAAAUCGGUCACAGUAGUUUCAUGAAAGAGAAAAUGAGCUCUUAUAUACAAGUAGCCGAAGAUGAAGGCGAGGAGCCGAUCGAAUUGCCCUCCGAAGAUGAUGGCACUUUAUUAUUGACCACCUUAUCAGCUCAAUUUCCUGGUACUUGCGGAUUAAAAUAUCGUAAUCCAGAAUCACGCACUAUGCGAGGAGUGCGGUUGGCAGAUGGAAGAUUGCACCCUCCUGACAAUGGUUGGGGAAAUUUUAUUUACUACUGCGUUUUCCCCAAAGAGAACAAGAGAAAGUCUGAUGACCACUUGGAGAACUCGACAGCCAAGACUAAAAGGAUGGAAACCAAGUUAAAGUGUUCUGAUCUCAUUAUUUUGGGACUGCCUUGGAAAACUUCUGAACAGCAGCUAAGAGAGUACUUUGAGGCGUUUGGAGAGGUGUUAAUGGCACAGGUCAAGAAGGACCCCAAGACAGGUCAGUCCAAAGGGUUUGGCUUCAUAAGAUUUGCGAGCCACGAGGCUCAGAUCAGGGUGAUGGCUCAAAGGCACAUGAUUGAUGGACGGUGGUGUGAUGUCAAAGUCCCCAACUCUAAGGAGGGCUAUGUACAGCAAGUGCCUUGUAAGGUGUUUGUUGGCCGUUGCACAGAAGAUAUCACGGCUGAUGAUUUGAGAGAGUAUUUCACUAAGUUCGGAGAAGUGACGGAUGUGUUCAUUCCAAAGCCGUUCCGAGCUUUUGCAUUUGUGACAUUUCUGGACCCAGACAUCGCACAGGCUCUGUGCGGAGAAGAUCACAUCAUCAAGGGAGUGUCAGUACACGUCUCGGAGGCGGCACCCAAGAGCGACAUGAAUGGUCGAGCGUUUAACCAAGCAAUGGGGCCAAGGCCAGGCCCCGGUACCAGGGAACACAAGAGUUACGGAGGCCAAUACGGAGGUGGGUCGGGCGGGGGACAUAUGUAUCACCCUCAGCACCAAGGGGGCAACAUGGGGGGCUGGAGCCAGCCACCGGGGAAUAGGGGCAACAUUGAUAUGCCUAACUUGCAAGCUCUAGGAAUAACGGGACAGGGAGGGGCGGGUCAAGCCGGUGGGCAGAACCCCUUGGGUAUGGGUACGUUGAAUCUCAGUGCCUUACCCAUGAAUCCGGCCCUAGUGGCGGCGGCACUCAACCAGGCAGGUUGGGGGCUCAUUAGCAAUCUGCAAGGCGGACCACAACAAGGUGCCCCGCAGGGGGACGGGAAUGCGCCUCAGUUCUCCAACCAGGGGGGUCCAGGGUUCAGUGGUGGGCCGCAGCAGGGCGGAGCCACUGGUGGUGCGGGGUUUCUUAACUGGAUGAACCAGGGAGGAGGUGGAGGGGAGCAGCCGGGGCCUCCCGGGGGAGGGGGUUCCAACGGACCCUCCCAGCAGCCAGGUUGGGCUCAGAAUCCCAGGGGGGGUGAACCCGGCUGUAAACCUGACCAGAAGUUUCUCAAUUACAACUGAGUGAGAGUGUGUGUGUGACUAUCCAUAGGGUACUAGUCUAUCAGUGUGUGUGUCUUGUUAUUCCCUAUCGGUAGUAUUGUUACUGUAAGAUAGUUCCAUUUACCAGUAAUUACGAUAGCUUUAAAGAAGUUGCGUUUCACGGAUUGCGAGUCGUAUAAGUCUGUACUAUAGUCAUAGUAUGUGUGUAUUUUUCUGAAUUGUAUGUAUGAUGUGCGACAGAAUUAUUUAUCCGAGUGAGCUUAUUUGUUUGUCUUAUGUUUGUGGAAGAUUUGUUUCUACUUAAGUGAAUGAAUCGAUAUGUACUGAGUGAGCUCUGCGACUGGUUGACUUUUGUACUAACUGAUCAAAUGAAUGGAUAUGACUUGGGAAUUUAAAAGUAUGUUUGUAAAAAAUUUCAAAAAUAUAAAAAAGUUAUCUCGCUAGAUGCAUUGAAUACCAAACGAAGUACUUGUACAGUCGGAGAAGAAAGUUAUGUUAUUUCUUACAAAGUUUAAUUAUUUUGACUUAUUGCAGAGUUUAAGUUUUAUUAUAUUAUAAAAGACACAUUGUACAUACAGUUUAAGAUUACAGAGUAUUGAUAUGA